CGUGGCUUGUAUAAACUACGAAGCGCUUUCCUCCUCUCAAGCAGACCGGUAGUGACCAGAUAAUUCAGAGACAACUCUGUUUAUGUUAAAUUACUUCAUCUCGGUGUUUAAUAAAACGUUUUCGUUACCAAAGUGUCUACUUUAUUCGAAGAGAUGUCAAUCAACCCAGAUCUGAUUCGUGAAAAACUGAUAGAGGGGAUUGGUGCCGUACACGUGGAUGUUGAAGACACGUCUCCAGAUAGAUGCGCUGCCAGCUUUAAAGUUCUUGUAGUUUCUCCUCAGUUUGAAGGGAAGCCAUUAUUACAGAGGCACAGGAUGGUGAAUAAUUGCCUUGCUGAGGAGCUGAAAGAGAUUCAUGCAUUCGAGCAGAAAACGUUGACACCAGAGCAGUGGGAGAAACAAAAAGCACAGUGACACACAUACAGCACGCACAAAACACAUUCAUGCAACCAUCAAUUUGAACAGUAGUGACCUAUUGGUGUCUAGAUAUUUCCAUUUUACCUCCCAAAGUAUAAUCAUACCAAUGUUAUGGAAAUCAGUUGCUUCGUAUUUAUUAAGUGACUAUGCUUCUAUUUAGUAAUGAGCAGAAAACAAAAACUUUUUAAAUGUAAUAUGCUGACAAUAAAGACACUUCCUGG